UUACUAUUAUUACUAGGUACGUUAACAACCGCCGCUUUUGAUUCAUCUUGAUCAGAUCAUGGAAAACUUAAGAGCAAAUGGUUUCGAGAAAGAAUUGUGAUAUUUCGGAAACGUUGCUUCGAAAUCUCGCCCAACUACUGUACGUAGCACAGCGCCGAGCAGGUGUCCCCUGUGUGUGCUUGCAGGCUGCGGGGGCUUUAUCUGUUUGGUCGGCUUGAACCGAGAAUAGAAGUGGACUAGCAAAGAAGCAGCUGGUUCACGAGUCCUAGCUGGCUGUAGACCCGGAGAAGAGAGCUGAUAUCAGAUUGCCAAAAAUGGGGUCCCUUGCUUUUGAUGCACAACUAGUCUUCCUCUUCCUUCAAGCUUUCCUGCUCAUGUCUCUUUGUCAAAGUCAAAGGACAUGCCCCCUGACCUGUCGGUGUGAAGGGAAGAUCGUGUACUGUGAGUCGGGUGGUUUCCAUGAUGUUCCAAAAAAUGUGUCAGUGGGUUGCCAGGGUCUGUCUCUGCGCUACAACAACAUAGAGCAUUUGCACUCCUUCCAGUUCUCCCAACUCAGCCAGCUCAUCUGGCUCUACCUGGAUCACAACUAUAUUACUACGGUAGACAGCAAUGCCUUCCAUGGCAUCCGCCGGCUCAAGGAGCUGAUUCUAAGCUCCAACAGGAUCACACAGGUCCACAAUUUCACCUUUCAUUCCGUACCCAAUCUGCGCAACCUAGAUCUGUCCUACAACAAGCUGCAGGUUCUGCAGCUUGGACAGUUCCGUGGCCUGCGCAAGCUACUCAGUCUGCACCUGCGCUCCAACUCUUUGAGGAGCAUUCCCAUUCGUGUAUUUCAAGAGUGUCGCAGCUUGGAGUUCCUAGAUCUCGGCUACAACCGCCUGCGCAGCCUCACUCGUACUACUUUUAUAGGGCUGCAGAAGCUCACUGAACUCCAUCUGGAGCACAACCAGUUCUCGAAGAUCAACUUCUUUCUCUUUCCACGCCUCGCUAACCUGCGGGCACUCUAUCUGCAGUGGAACCGCAUUCGCUCUGUAAGCCAGGGCCUCUCCUGGACCUGGACUUCCCUGGAAAAGCUGGACCUCUCAGGGAAUGAAAUCCAAGCUUUAGAUGCGGUAGUCUUCCAGUGCCUGCCCAAACUCCAAAUCCUUAAUCUCGAGUCUAACAAGCUCAGCAACAUUUCCCAAGAGGUGGUCACUGCCUGGAUCUCCCUGACCACCAUCAGCCUUGCUGGCAAUGUGUGGGACUGCAGCCUCAGCAUCUGUCCCCUAGUGAGCUGGCUGAAGAACUUCAAAGGCACCAAAGACACCACUAUGAUUUGUACUAGCCCCAGGCCUUUACAAGGAGCAAAAAUCAUGGAAGUGGUAAAAAACUAUAGCAUCUGUAAAGAGAUCCCAACCCCUGCACCAGUUCCAUUGUUAACCCCUACACCAACGCCAGCACUAACACCAGGCAUCAAAAGGCCUCCUCCUUCAUACAUCCCCCCCAGACCCAAGCUGCUUCCCAGACCAACCGUUAACAGUUUAGGAGAGGCAGAAUCUUGGGCAUCUUCACCAAGUACACCAUCCUCCAGUGGCCUUGGCUUCACACAAGAGCCAGAGUUCGAGCACAUGUCUUUUCACAAAAUCAUUGCAGGUAGUGUGGCACUCUUUUUAUCUGUAUCUUUAAUCCUGUUGGUCAUCUACGUCUCAUGGAAGCGCUACCCUAACACCAUGCGGCAGCUUCAGCAGCACUCUAUGGGCCGCAAGCGCAGGAAAAAGGCUCAGGAAACAGAGCAUAACCUAACUCCCCAAUUGCAGGAGUAUUACAUGAACUACAAUCCAACAAACUCUGAUACCAUGGAUGUGCUAGUCAAUGGCACAGGACCCUGCACCUGCACUAUCUCUGGCUCCAGGGAAUGCGAGGUAUGAUACGCCACCCUCCUAAAAACGCUUUCCACGGCUGGGAGUGAGAGAAUGAAUAUUCUUAUCCCAGGCCGCUACCAGGAGCUUGGUUUGGAGACAUACCCACAUUACAUUGAGAGGGAUGACAGUUUACCAGCAGGGUUGACAGCAAUCCAAGAUUCACACAUACACCUCCAGUAUCCCAUUACCUUCUGUGCUGGCACUCACCGAUAUCUGAGCUCUUUGUGGUGAAGGUAUGGAAGCCAACAGACUCAAGACUAGAGAUUCAAACAUGGACCAUUUAUUUGAGGCUCUGGUCUACCUGCUUGAUUGGCAAAAGGUUGUCAUGUUGAAUUUCCAUGCACGUGUUUGAGGAUAACCACUCAUUAAAGAACAAAAGACUAUUUACACAAUGGCAGCUCAAAAAAUUUAAUCUCAAUUCUAGUAUCCUCCAUUCAUGCAGACGCAUGUUCUCUGGUUUCCCAUGACUGCUGAAGUACAAUAAAUCCUUGGUUUUAGCUCAAGUUGGUGUGAACUACCUAUUUUUUCCUUGCGUUCCAGGUGUCACGCCUAAGGACUCAGGAAAGCCAUGAAAAUUCCAAGUCCUCUUUCACCUGGUGCUUACUAAAUGAACCAUGAGCACUGGUCACAGGAAUCCCAACACAGGAGGUGAUAGGAUGUUGAGAUUUUGCAGCAGCUGUCACAAGAAAUGCAAAGCAUGCAGUGGAUCUCAAUUUAAAUAAUUAUACAAGAUACAGGAUGAAUCACCUAGAUGUAGUUCAUCAUUUGGUUUAAGUGCAUUAAAUAUUUUCCAGUCCAGGAGGAAGUUCCAAGUACAUCAUGCUAUACCUACAGUUGUAUGCUGAACCUACAGUGAUUUGCUGAAAGGCCUUGGACGUGUAGACAUCCUUCACUGAGAGAUUCCAACUUGCAGCAGAAGACAGGGAAGACAAAGAUGAUUUAAUUUCACCUCUAAAUGAUUCAUUAGCAAGAUCACCACAAUGCAAGGAAUCACAGUGACUCCAAAAAGUGACAACCCACUAAGGAACUGAUGGUUGUGGUUUUGUCUCAUCGCCAAAUGCCAACCACCUUCCUUAUGCUUAUCUUUGCAUUCACAUAUUAGAAUUUGUUCUGCAGAUCUCUAUGGAUUCCUACUGCCCUGAUUAGGAUGACAGACCGAUGGCACCGGAGGAGUAGAAUAUCAGAACUGUUUUUUUUCUGUAUCCAAUAAAGCAUUUUGCAACUGGCAUUGAAGAUAUCACAUAUGGAUAAAAAAAUGUCAAUAUCAGACGAGUAUUUGGUUAUACUUAAUCAUAUUUUACAUUUUAGGCACAGAAAAGCUAAGAUGCAAAUUGGGGAAGGUUACUGCUGCUUUAAUGUAAUCCUCAGUUUAACAGCCAUGCAGAAACAUUAACUAGCCAGGGAUAAGGCUACUUUCAUCAGAGAUUUUAUAUUUUUAUAAGGUUCUCAGAAUUUAUGAAAAUGUGGUUGAGUCAGAGGGGCUUAAGUGCAUGAACAGACCAUGUGCAAAAGAAAGAGAUUAUAUUUGGCACCUUAUCCAGCUUUUUGUUGAGCUUGUACAAUAUUCACAUGCACCAAUGUGUGUGGUGUUGUUUUGUGUUGUGCACUAACGUCAAACUGUAAUGUUGGGAUUAUUAUAGGAUGGAAGACCACACUCACCUCUUGAUCUUCUCUGCAAAUGAUUUUCAAUGGAUCUCAAGCCCUGGAAAGCUCUACAUUUAAAAGAAGCAAUCUGUUUUACCAUCCUUCCAUUUUUCUGUAAGUGAAGUCAGAAAGUGCCUCAUCCUGAGGUGGUAUUCUCACUUACAUAAUUUCAUAAACGUAUUGUGAGCUACAAGCUUGCUCAUAAAUAUUGCUUUCAAUACUAAGAACGUUAAACAGUAAUGACCGUUUUUCAUACUGCUAAUCAAGUUGUGGAUAUUUUUUAAUAAAAUGUAUCAAUGGUUAUGAAAACAGUUGUGUUUGUAGAACAAAAAAUCUAAAAAGCAAUGGAAGCAAAUACAAAAUGAUUUUUUAAAAUAUGUAUUGAUAAUUUAUUGUUUUUUAUAAGGUAUUCUUCCAGAAUGAAAACUUUCUGAAGCAUGAUUACAUUUUCUCACUUUAUCCCACCAUUCUUUUCAGAAACAAUGAGGGAUAUAUCCAAAUAAUGCAUAACAUGAGCUGUCUCACUUCACAAAUCAAUGAGUACUACAUACAAAAUUUAAAAUAAUAUAUGAAUUACAUAUUGUAUAAUUAAAUUACAGCAAUAAACAUCUAUUAAUCCAGGACCUUCAUUUUUAUAUUUUUAGGUAAUUUAAUACUAUAUUAUUUUUUUAUCUGGAGGCCACAUUCAGUCCAUCUAAUAAUUACAAAUUACAAACCCUGCGCCUGAUGGUUGGUUUUGUGUUCUAGAGAUUUCUUGAUUCUGCCCAGAAAUGACUCCUUUUUAGUUCAAUUAGUUCUGUAACACAUUAAAUUCAUGGUGUAUUAACACAUAGCCCGUUGUUACAACUCUCAUGCCUCCCCAGAAGAAAUGUAGAUAACCUACAGUAUAUGCAUCUUCCAGUGUGCAACAAUAGCACAAACUGAUGACCUCAAGCAGAUGGAACACUGACAAAGCUCUCUCUAUUAACACUGCAGUCAACCUUCAGUCACAAGGAGAGCCUUGCCAGCUUCAGUCUCAGCUCAACUAAUUUUGUUCUCCUGUGGAAUGCCAGUCACAGUCAGCUAAUGUUACAGCCCAGCUACAACUUGUGAUCUGUAGUCCAUAGAACAUGAUUUAUAUUCAGAGUAAAGGCCUUUUGCAAUAUUGGCAUGUGGAACAAGCAUCAUUUGAAUUAAUAAUGCACCUGUUUGCUUCAGAUUCCUCUACAGAAAAUGGUGAUGUGUCUGUUCUUUCCAUAUGCAUUAUUUAAAAGGAAGUGGUAUUAAAAUAUUUUUGCUUAACAUGCUUAAAGGCAGGAUGGAAGAUCUAUAAUUCAAAUAUAGUGGGUAAGUCCCACAGCAGAGCCCACAGACCCACUCAACAGAGUGUUCUAUGUUAGUUGUUCACCAUAACAGUCACCUAUGCAGAGCUUUCCUAAGUAUUUUGGUAGUUUGGCAAAUAUCAAGCAGGGAAGAACUUGAAAAGGCCAGGUAACAUGAAACUUCUCUGAAAUAUAUGACUGAGACUGAAAUUGAUUUGUGCUGAACAAAAGGCUGCCAGGCUUCUGACUUUGUUUAUGUUCUCCCCAAACAUGUCAAUAGUAAGGUACAAAAAGUGAACUCUUGGGUUUUGAUUUCCAUUGGCAAACAUAUUAAUCCUAGUAAAGGUUAGGGAUGUGCAAAUUGUGUAUAUAUAUAUAUUUCUGAGGAUGCAAGGAAAGCUAGUCUGGAAUAUGAAGUAGUGAUUAGAUCAGCGACAGUGUAACGGGAAGGUUGUGGAUUCAAAUUCUGGGUGUGGGACUGCUGUUCUGUGCAUGGUAAUUUACUCAUGUUGCUUAAUGAAAAUACACAACUAUUUAUAAAUAUAUGGGUACAAAAUGUAAGACACGGGUACAAAAUGUAAAACACAUUGGGUACAUAUCAGCCAAAUAAAUGGAUAAUUAUUGAA